CCUUAUAAUAUAUAUUCCAAUAGUACCUUUUUAACUAUUUUAUUGACUAUACUGAUUAAUGUAGAAUCAUGAAGGAUCGUGACCGACUGGAGCUGACUUCGGCCGACAGAAUUCGCCUUUCCUUGUUGAGCCAUUGAAACCCUCCUUGUUCUUCUCGUGCCUCCUCGCUGACGAUACACAGUGCUCAUUGUUCCUUGUUUUUUUUUUACCACGUUAUACACACCGGUAAACCAGGUCUCAUUCGUGAAACGACUUUUAAUCCCUCUUGACAUAAGACUUACUCGAAUGUCGUCUGCUCCGCCAGCACCAAUUCAAUUACCGUCUCUCACUAAUAACAACAUCCAAUACUCCAAUUAAACGGACUCUGUCUCAGGAAUUAUGCUCCUUGGUCUCUCCUCAAGGUGGUUCCUCUUUCGGUACAGUCCUGUCUCGUGUAAACGGUUUUUUGCGACAAGUUCUGUCGCUGUACCGGAGAAACCCCAAUUCUUUAAGAAAAACACACCGAAGCAGAAUGCUCUUCCUUACCGUGUGCCUCCUCUCGAGGUAUGGAAUGUACUUAGAGAACGAGAACAAAACGCACCUGCUGUCCCGAAGCUGAGUACACUCAUUGAACUAGGCAAGCCACGACUCACAGCACUCGUCGUCCUUACAGCCAUGUCGGCAUACGCACUAGCUCCCUUUCCCGGAUUGUCUCUGAGUCAUUUGCUGCUGCUUGCCGGAGGAACAACGCUUUGCAGUCUCAGUGCUAAUAGCUAUAAUCAGUGCAUGGAACCAUUGCUGGAUUACCAAAUGGCUCGAACACACAACCGUCCUAUCCCCCGUGGCGCCGUACGUCCCGAACACGGUUGGCUUUUCGCUACUGGUGCAGGAAUGUUGGGCACCAUUAUGAACUACUCGGUAAACAGCACAGUUGCCUGGCUUGGCGUGCUCAAUAUAGCCAUUUACAUGGGUCUCUACACUCCAUUAAAGCGAGUUUCCAUCCUUAACACAUGGGUCGGGUCCAUUGUUGGUGCAGUACCGCCGUUAAUGGGUUGGGCUGCUUGCUCUAAUGGCGACUUGUUCACGCAUCCCAGCGGAAUCCUCACUGCGGCCAUCAUGUACGCCUGGCAAUUCCCCCACUUCAACUCUCUCUCCGCAAUGGUUCGUGAAGACUACAAAACGUGCGGUUACCGCAUGAUGUCUUGGACCAACCCUCCUCUCAAUGCACGUGUAGCUCUGCGAUACACGGUGCUGUGCUUACCGCUCAGUCUUGCGUACAUCAGCUGCGGCAUCGUUGACCCAUGGUACGCCAUAGCAGCUAUUUGGGUCAACAUCGUCUUUACCCGAAAGGCUUGGACCUUUUACCGGAACCCCAGCAACCCGAACGCCAGAAAGCUAUUCUUUGGCAGCCUAAUGUACCUCCCUACCAUCUUUAUCGUUACCCUUGUUGCCCAUAUUAUGAAAGAAAUGAAUGACUACAAAAGAGAGCCCCAGGCUACGAAGAACCUUGACAAUGUCUCUCCCCCUUUAAUGACCUUGCAUGACACGAAAGAACAAAUUGAAACGACGACUCCACGCGACUGAGGACAAGAGCGACGACGCAGGUUUGCGGCAAGCCGGAGGAACACACACGCAGACCGGUGCUCUUCCGUCUAUAUCGAUACAGAAUUUUGGUAUUCAUUCGCAAAGAGAUAUCUAAUUCAUACACAACAUGAAACAAUCCAUUCGUCCGAAGCGAGACCUGUUUUAAACCAUGGUACGUGCUUUGUCCCAAUUCACGAUGCCCUUGGGAUCAAUCAAACCGAGACGCUGGUACAGGUUCAAUGGGCGAACGGCGAUUUCCUUGCGCCAGAGCAACUUGCACUGUUUCUUGAGUGCGUUUCGCUCCGCCUCUAUUUUGGCUUCGGUCGGCUUUCCUUCGGCGUAAAUCCAUUCGCGAGUAAGCGCGAUAAACUUCUUCGAAGCGUCAAUGAAUUCUCCGUCCAAUUCCGCUAUCGUUUUGGCGGAAGGUGUACGGGAGACUUCUUCGUGCCUCAAUGGGUUACGCUGGUCGAGUUCAUACAGCUUGGCCUCGUCAAAGUGGCCGCCCAGGGAAAUCGGUAUAAACUCUGUGUCCACAUACUCUGUCAACUGAUUCGGGCGACAGAAAGACACUUUUUUACGCACUUCUGGAUCCAUAAAGUAUUUUCCAAAUCUCCAGACGCCUACACGAGGUUAGUAAUCGGACCCAACGUGCCAGUAGGGAGAGGCGGACAGGGUUUUCUGUUUUCUUUUCUCUGUUUUCUGUCCCCUGUUCCCUGUUCCCCGUUCUCCGUCCUGCCCUCCUGUCCAUUCUCACAUACCUUCAAACAGGGCCAUACGCAGGCCGCUGCCCACAACAAGAGCCUUGCCCAAGAUCUCCGGGAAGUAGUUUUGGAAAAUCUCAAUGAAGAUGCGCGAAAACUCGAGGUCAAUGUUCUUGCGAGCAAACGAACUCAAGUCGGCCAGACCAAGCACUCCAUGAGAUGUGUUUUGUUCGGAAUCCAGGAACAGUCUUGCGUUCUCCAUGGCGUACAACACAACUGCUCUGAGCUCAACCGUUUCCUUCUCUGAUCUGGGAGGAAUGAAAUUGUGCAUGUUCAAGAACACAAUUGGCCGUCCGGCCUUGUCCUGACCCCAGAUAAAGUACAUUGAUGCCUUAAUCAUCAUCUCGUUUAGCCCGGCCUCGCCUUGCAGCAUGAUGUCUCGUAGUCCGAUGGACGCUCGCCAGCUGAUCGCAUUCAUGAGCAUGUCCGUAGACUGCUCGAGAUGGAAUUUUCGAGCCCGCAGGAAGCGCUGCAGCGUCAAGUCGAAGUCGUCGAACGCGCACAGCAGAAAAAAAUUGACAUACAUACUUUCCUCAGACGGGAACUCGCUGAUAUACUUCGGGUCUUCCAAUCGAGCAAACACCCGGGACCAGCAUUGUCGAAGAGCAGACUUGGGAUCCUGAGAAGCUCCUGUCAUGUUGAUUUUGGUAAACGCUAAGUGGUACGAGCAGGUUGUUCUUGUUUACAUGUUCCGACGGCAUACAGCUAAGCGAUUUUGGCUACAUCUGAUAAAUAGCGAAAGUCGUGAUGCGGCGAA